AUGGAAGAGGCCAAAUCAAUUAAGACUCCAGUCAAUGUUAAUUCGAAGUUGGUGAAAGCAUCCGAAGAAUCCGAGUCUGCUGAUCAAGGUUUAUACCAGUCCGCAGUGGGCAGCCUGCUCUAUCUGUCCUCUAGAACACGACCUGAUAUUGUCAAUAGUGCUGCUCGUUUCUGUUCAAAUCCGACCAAAGAGCAUAGGACAGCUGUGAAGCGUAUUUUCAGAUACCUCAGAGGAACUACCCAGUUUGGUCUACUGCAUGUACUGUAUGCCAAAGGAGAAUACAGUGAUCUGAUAGGAUACUCUGAUGCUGACUGGGCAGGUGAUUGUAAUGACUACAAGUCGACUACUGGCUAUAUGUUUCAGAUUGGAGGCACAGCAGUAACCUGGAAAAGUAAGAAGCAAUCCUGUGUUGCUCUAUCCACGGCAGAAGCGGCUCUUGCGAGUACAGCUCAAGAAGCCACCUCUAAUCUGUCCGUCUGA